AGACGCUGUCAUGGCUGUCCUGGCGAUACUAACUUCACUACCCUUUUCACUUUUAGUCUGUUUUUUAGUAUCGACGAAAAAUUAUUAUAGCGACUGAUUGAAAUUAUUCUUCAAAGUUAGGCAGGGAUUCAGUUUUAAGGGGUCCUAAGGGUUCACCACUUGUACUUCCUCCUCUCACUGUUAGGGGCUUGCAGCUUGCACAAUACACACAGUUUGUCAGGUCAAGGGUCCUGUCCCCGUUGGUCGCGGCGUCAGACAUCAUCACCGAAGCGUUGACGUGACGUAGUCGUAUCCCGCCAAACAUAUAUUUGACAUCAAAGAUGAAUAUGAACACUGGGCCACCACCGUUCUCAUCCACUCAACAACAACAAACAUCUCAGCCUGUCCAGCAACAGACCACCACCACGGCACCCCCACUUCCGACCCCUCCGGAAGCAACACAGCAGUUCUGCCUUCGCUGGAAUAGUUACCCCGUUACUGUUGCGACACAGUUAGCAGAACUCCGGGCGCAAGAAGACUUUGUCGAUGUUACUUUGGCAUGUGAUGGGAGGCAGUUGAAAGCACAUAAACUCGUCUUAUCUGCCUGCAGCCCAUAUUUUAUGCAACUAUUUAAGAGCACACCCUGUCAACAUCCCGUCAUUUUCCUUCAUGAAGUUGGCUUCCGCCAGUUAGUUGCCUUGUUGGAGUUUAUGUACGCUGGGGAAGUAAAUGUCUCCCAAGUGGAAUUGCCAGCUUUGCUUAGAACAGCAGAGGCUCUUCAAGUUCGUGGAUUAGCUGACACGACAGCAAACAACAACAGCAACAACAAUAAUACUACGAAUAAUUCGAACAAUACAAAUUGUCCUCCUCCUCAGCAGCAGCAUCAACAGCAACAACCAAAGCCUAAUUUCUCUCCUCAGUAUGGACAAAUGCUUGGCCACCAACAGCAACUUCAACAUCCUGUGAUGAAUAACACGCUUCCAAUUCCACCAGCUCAACUGCCCCUUGACCAAAGUAAUAGUAGUAGUGGUGGCUGUGGUGUGGGUGGGAGUGGCAUGCAGAUGUCGAUACCUUCAGGUGAUAUGCCAAGUAAUAAUAACAACAACAACAACAUUCUUGCAUCUCAACAACCAACAGUAAUGGGAUCCCUUCCCAUUGUACCGAGCUCAAUGACUAAUACUGCAACAACUUCAAAUCACAACAACAACAACAUGUCCAACAUUGCACACUCCAUGAUAAAUUCAAAACUGGAAGCAAAUUCUAGCAAUGUCGGAGGAAACAAAAAUAACGAUGUUGGUGAAGAAGACGAUGAUGAUGAUGCCAAUGAUUUUGAAAUGUUGGAGGCGUUGGGACAGUCGAAAGGUGAAAAUUACAUACACGACGGGACUGGUGACAUGUCUGGAGAUCUGGAAGAUACAGGACAAAUAUUUCCUGACGAUCCAUUAGCGAUAGGAUUCGACGUGGGAGAUGAGGAUGGGGAUGGAGGCAACGGAGAUGAGAACCAGUCUGAGGAAGAAAGUUCCGAAGUUUCAGACGAUGAUGAUGGUGAAUGCAAAGAAUUUGCAUAUCAGUCUGACGCUUCGUACAGCCAAGAGGGAAUGAGUGAAGGUGAUGGAAUUCCCAAUCCCAAUGGGGAAAAUGCUCCUGGUCCUUCCGGCCUACAUCCCGGACUUGAACCAGGUGCCAUUGUUCCCGGCAGUAAAGCUGAUGAUUGCAGUGGAGGAACAAGUACAAGUGCCAGAAACCGUUUAUCUCGAUCACUUUGGCCUCCUGGAAUACCAUAUCAUGGUCCACAACAAUGUCCGUAUUGCACACGUGUUCUUAGCAAUGUAGGAAACUGGAGGAAACAUGUUCUCACAAUGCAUUUUGCCCGAGAGAAAAUCUUCAAGUGUCGUCACUGCACCAGUUCUUUCAGAACAGCGGAAUAUCUUCAAAAGCAUUAUGUGAGAGUCCACAACUACCCACAGAAGAUGACCCGGCGUAAAUACGUGGAACCAACGUAAUAUUUAAUGCUGGGGAAAACUAAAGUAGCGUGAAGAGACUGCAACAAUUUAUUGAUUUCAACUAGACUAUAUCACGGUCAGUUUCUUAAUCGUGGCCUUAGUUUUAUUUUAUGUUCAGUUUUACUAUUAUACAGACUGAGAUUCAAACGCAACUGUACUUGCUGUACUUUUUUUUACUAAGCUAAGAUAAUGAUGAUUACAUAUUCUACAUAAAUUCUCUAUUUUAAUAGAAAUUAUUAUGAAAGCAGAAGAAGCAUCGAAAUAUUUAGAUAAAUAUAUCUUUUUAAAUAUCAACGCCCUGCGACUGGAAUUACCAAAUAAUUAGUUAGUUUUAGUGCCAAAUAUUAUACACACGGUUGUUAUAAGUUUUAUAAAUAAGUUUGGCUUUUAAUGAAUACUCGAACCGGUGAAUUAUAGUUUCGAUCAUGUUAUAUUUUAUUAUGCAAGUUAGUUUGUCAAGUUAUUUUAUUACGGGAGUUAACAGACCCUGUGCGUUUACCUUAAUUCCAAAUCUGUAAUAAUAUCGGUUUUUCUAUGAUUAUGGGUUUUUUAUUACAUCGUUUGUAUUCUGAUUUUGUUUUAUUAUGCUUAUUAUUCCGUCUACUCCAAAUAUCAGCCAUUCGUUCGUGUAAUGGCAACGUAUACAAUACCACCAGCCCACGCUCUCCAGUCGCCUCGUCGUCGUUGUCGUCGUAAGAGUAAAUACAUCUAUAAUCUGCACUCUGGAAGAUUUUAUACAUUUUUAUCCAUUCCCUUCCUUUUCCUUUUUAGUCUUUUUAAUCCGUCCGUGGGUUAAAUUCCCCCAUUUUAUGUUUUCGUCCUUCAAAAAUAAGAUUUCUUAUAUUCCAUUUUGCUCCACCUGCUGAUAAAAUAUAUGAUGAUGAUGCAUUAUCAAAUGAAAUGGUUCCAUUUGGGAUGAGAUUUUUUUAUUGUUGUCAUUAUUAUUACACUACCGGUCGUCAUCAUCGUCGUCGUCGUCGCCGGUUCCUUUGCCCUCCUUUCACUCUCUCCAAUUUAAUGUGCGCAUAUAAAAUUAGAAUAAUAUUCAUCUCCACAUUGUGUGCGAGUGUUAAUGUUACAGCCAAAGUGAGAUAUAUUCUAUCGUCGUUGUUACACAGAAUUGUAUGAAAAUGAAGGAAAGUUAUUUAUUAUCUUCGUUGUAAUAAAAUCUUUUGCAAGUCUCUUUAUAAUAAGA